AUGGCUGGUGGAAAGAAGUCCUACAGUGGGCCAUGUGGGGGCCGCAAUUGCAGUGCUGGAUGCAAAUGUUUUCCAGAGAAGGGUGCACGGGGUAGACCAGGACUGAUUGGGCUUCAAGGACCAAUAGGAGCACCUGGAUUUACGGGCCCAGAAGGUUUGCCUGGAGCAAAAGGUGAGAGAGGAGCAGUGGGCCCUCCUGGACCAGCUGGACAGAAAGGUGACAAGGGUCCAAUGGGAGUUCCAGGAUUUCAGGGCGUCAACGGGAUCCCAGGUCACCCUGGGCAGUCUGGACCUAGAGGCCUGCCUGGCCUAGAUGGCUGCAAUGGUACCACUGGGAGUCGUGGCAUUUCUGGACCAGAUGGGUUUCCUGGCCUACCUGGACUGCCCGGUCAUCCUGGCCCAAAAGGCCUUAAAGGAGAACCUGUUUUUGCUCAAGGCAGUCUUAAAGGAAUGAAGGGUGAAAAUGGUCUUCCUGGAUUGGAUGGAGUUCCUGGCCCAAAAGGUUUUCCAGGUCCAAUAGGUCCUGCAGGCCCUAUGGGAUUACCAGGUUUGCAGGGUCCAGUGGGUCGCCCUGGGCCACCAGGUCCAAAAGGUAACAUGGGAUUAGGCUUUCAGGGAGAGAAAGGAGAAAAGGGUGAUGUAGGGCUGCCUGGGCCCCCAGGUCCCCCACCAUCCACUGGAAUACUGGAAUUCAUGGGAUUUCCAAAGGGAAAGCAAGGAGAAAAGGGUGAGCCAGGUCCUCAAGGAUUCCCUGGAGACCGAGGAUUGCCUGGCAUCCCGGGCUUUGGAGGUGUUGGAGAAAAAGGAGAAAAAGGUGUGCCUGGCUUACCAGGUGGAAGGGGUCUUUUGGGACUGGAUGGAUUUGAAGGAAUUCCAGGAAGAAAGGGCCAUCCAGGUGUUCCAGGCUAUCCAGGACUGGAUGGAGUUGAAGGCAUGAAGGGUGAAUUAGGUGACAUCGGUCCCCCAGGUCCACCUGUCAUUAUUGACAGGGAAGGUGUAGUCAUUUCAGGUGCCCCAGGUGAUCCUGGAAACCCAGGAAUACCUGGUCCUCGAGGAGAGGAAGGGAUCAUUGGUUUACCUGGCCUUCCAGGGGCUCCAGGGUUUCCAAGUCUGGAGAGAGAUGGAAUGGGCCCUGAAGGGUCUCCAGGUAUUCCAGGAGUCAAGGGUGAAGUAGGAGAACCAGGAAGACCAACAAUUGGAAUACCAGGCCCUCCUGGCAGAGCUGGUUUACCGGGUCUGCCGGGAGCACCAGGAUUGCCUGGUUCACCACGCCCUUCAUUCUCCCCAGUGAUAAUCCUGAGUGGAAGGACUGGGGCUCCGGGGGAGCCUGGGCAAAGAGGGCUUCCAGGAGCUUUGGGUCCAAAGGGCUACAAAGGAGAAGCAGGUGAUUGUGCUUGUGAUGGAGGAGUUACAAGAGCUGGUCUAAAAGGCAUCUCAGGUCCACCAGGUCCGUCAGGAAGCCCCGGUGUACCUGGUGCCAAGGGCGUUUGUGGAGACCCAGGCUCUGUGGGAGCACCAGGACUGCGAGGCCGUCCGGCUUCAGCUGGUCAGCAAGGACUUCCAGGUCUUAAGGGAGAAAAAGGGGAUCCAUCCUAUGCAACACUCAAAGGUGCUCGUGGGGAUCGCGGUGCGACAGCACCCAGAGGACCUUCAGGCAUCCCAGGAACUCCAGGCAGGGAUGGACUUCCAGGCUUGCCAGGCCCACCAGGCCCUCCAGGUGAUGGUGGACUUGGUUUCCCAGGUGAAAAAGGUCUACCAGGACUACCUGGCUCCAAGGGCCAUCGUGGAGAAACUGGCUCUCCUGGCAUUGGAUACCCAGGUCCCAGUGGAGUUCGUGGACCACCAGGUGACACUGGAAUGGAUGGGUUUCCAGGACAAGCAGGUCUUCCAGGCUCUCCAGGUAUCACAUUGCCCUGCAUACUUCCUGCAGCAUAUGGGCCCCCAGGGACUCCCGGCUUUCCAGGACUGCCAGGUCCCAAAGGCAGCAAAGGCUUUUCUGGCAUUCCAGGCCAACCUGGAUUACAUGGGUCUAAAGGACAGCCAGGGUCUCCAGGAAUAAUAGGCUUGCUAGGGGAACCUGGCUUCCCUGGACCUCGAGGAGAGCAAGGCUCACAAGGACUUCCAGGACUGGAUGGAACAGAUGGUUUGCCUGGGAAAAUGGGUGCUCCAGGCUUAGUUGGAAUAAAAGGAGCUCUUGGAGAUGUAUUUGGUGCUGAGAGUGGAACCCUGGGAGAGCGUGGCCGACCUGGACUUCCAGGUGAUAAAGGGCUUACAGGUGAUACUGGAUUUCCAGGACCAAAAGGGCUGGAUGGACGACCAGGCCUCCUGGGUGUUAAAGGUGAACAGGGUCAUCCAGGAUAUUCAGGUGUCCCUGGAUUGCGGGGACCUCCUGGCCCUGGAGGUCCUUUUGGCAUUAAGGGAAAACCAGGACCCUUGGGAUCAGUUGGCCUUGCAGGAGCACCAGGCUGUCAAGGACCUCCUGGAGUCAAAGGCAUGGCUGGGGAUGUAGGACCACAAGGCCCUGCUGGUAUGAAAGGCUUCCCAGGUCUUAAUGGUGCUCCAGGAUCUCCUGGGGAAAGAGGAUUCUUAGGGCCACCUGGGCCUUUUGGUCAAGAUGGACAUCCAGGCUUCUCUGGGCCAAAAGGUGAGAAAGGGUCUUCUGGCCUGCUUGGUUUCCCUGGCAUGCCAGGACUGCCUGGUGUCCCUGGAGUGAAUGGGAUUAAAGGAACUCCUGGCACAGCUGGAGGAAAAGGAAGUCCAGGAGUUGUGGGACUUCAAGGUCAAAAAGGUGACAGAGGUGAUAUAGGUCCACCAGGUCUUCCUGUUCUUUGGACUUCAGAACAGGCACUGCAAAUCAAAGGAGACAAAGGAGAUCCCGGAUUAGCUGGACUUGGAGGGUUCCCAGGACCUAGAGGUGAUAAAGGAAUCCCAGGAAGCCGUGGCCAGGCUGGUCUCCCUGGUCCAGUUGGGUCACCAAGCAAAGAGAAAGGUCUCCAUGGUGACCCAGGCUUCCCUGGUCCACUUGGACAACCUGGCCUGCCAGGACAGAAGGGUGCACAUGGCAUCAUGGGAUUUCCAGGAAUGCCAGGAGACAGGGGUUCAGAUGGUCCCACAGGAACACUUGGAUUUCCAGGAUCUAUUGGCCUUCCUGGUCCAAAGGGUGAACAGGGAGAGUCUGUUGGUGUUCCUGGCAUUGCUGGACCAAAAGGAGAGAGAGGAGACCCUGGGUUUCCAGGAGAGAGAGGGAGAGAAGGACUCAAGGGUGAACCAGGCUACCCAGGAAACACUGGGGUAAAUGGACCCAAAGGCAGCACAGGAGAUCUUGGCCAAGAGGGACCAGCAGGAAUCCCUGGAAAUGCUGGGCUGAGAGGACCCCCUGGCCCACCAGGACCCCCAGGCCAGCCAGGAUCUGUUGGAUUCCCUGGAGUUCAUGGAACAGCAGGACCUAAAGGCUUUCAUGGAUUUCCAGGUUUAAGUGGUCUGAAUGGCUUGCAAGGCACAAAAGGGUCUCCUGGAACACCAGGUCUGAGUGAAGCUGGACUGAAAGGACCUGCAGGUCUCCCAGGUGCGAAGGGUGAAGAAGGCUCUCCAGGCUUGGAAAGAGGAGCUGCAGGAUUCCCUGGAUCAAAAGGCUCAUCGGGAGACAUGGGUCCCCCUGGUCCUAUGGGACUGCCUGGCCUGCCAGGAACACCUGGAGUUUCUCUUCCAUCUGGUAUACGUGGGAGACCUGGAGAUGCUGGCAUUCCAGGCACUGAUGGGAGUUCAGGUUUUCCAGGUCCUCCAGGACCACGAGGGCCCCCUGGCCCAGCUUCUGACCAAGGUGACACAGGAACUCCAGGUUUCCCUGGUGUUCUUGGCUUGCGAGGCAUUAAGGGCAAUGUGGGACCCACCGGUCCAAUUGGACUCCCUGGAGCAUCUGGAUUCAAAGGUGCAAGAGGUGAGCCUGGCCUGAUGGGCAUGCCAGGUAAAGAUGGGCCUCCGGGGGAUCCUGGUUAUGCUGGGCUGAAAGGUGAAAUGGGCCAUCGAGGUCUCCCUGGCAGACCAGGGGCUCCAGGAAUAACCCCACAGCCAGAAGAAGUGACAGCCCCUGCAGGAUUACCUGGUCUGCCAGGAAUUGAUGGUGUUCCUGGCUUUGAUGGAGAUCCUGGAUUACAUGGCCCAGCUGGAAAACCAGGCCCAAAAGGUUUGCCUGGGAGAUCUGGUUUGAAAGGACGUGAUGGCUUACCUGGAACUCCUGGCAUAGCUGGGGAUCCAGGACUUUCAGGUGCCCCAGGACCACAGGGAUUUGAAGGUGUUGCUGGGAAGCCGGGCUCCCUUGGUUUGCCGGGAAUGCCUGGUCGGAGCGUGGGUGUUGGAUACACUCUGGUGAAGCACAGUCAGUCAGAUCAGAUCCCCCCGUGUCCCAUAGGAAUGAAUAAACUCUGGGACGGCUACAGCUUGUUGUAUGUGGAGGGGCAGGAGAAGUCACACAACCAGGAUCUUGGUUUUGCUGGCUCAUGUUUGCCUCGCUUCAGCACCAUGCCUUUUAUUUACUGCAACAUCAAUGAAGUGUGCUACUAUGCCAGCCGAAACGACAAGUCUUACUGGCUGUCCACCACUGCUCCCAUCCCCAUGAUGCCCGUGGAUAGCGUCCAGAUCCCACAGUACAUCAGCCGGUGCUCUGUGUGUGAAGCACCUUCCCAGGCUGUGGCUGUGCACAGCCAGGACAUCACCAUCCCACAGUGUCCCCCAGGCUGGCGCAGCCUCUGGAUAGGAUACUCCUUCCUUAUGCACACUGCAGCAGGGGCGGAAGGUGGAGGCCAGUCCCUUGUCUCACCUGGUUCCUGCCUGGAGGAUUUCCGAGCUACUCCAUUCAUUGAGUGCAACGGUGCUCGGGGAACGUGCCAUUACUUUGCCAACAAGUACAGUUUCUGGCUGACCACAGUGGAGCAGGAGCAGCAGUUUGUCAGUGCUCCUCUCUCAGAGACUUUGAAAGCAGGGCAGCUUCGGACUCGUGUCAGCCGCUGCCAGGUGUGCAUGAAGAACUUGUAGUGACAGAAAUGCAGUUAUGGGAACAGUCUUUGCUACCCCAGAUUAGACAUCACUGACUGGAGAAGGAUAAAUUCACAAACCUAUUUUUUGUGUGUUUGAUGGGUGAAUCAAGACAAGCAGAACUCUGCAAAAAUCAAGUUUCAAGUUCAGGAGUUUGUGCACAAAGGAGGAAAAGACCAGUGUUUUGAAGCCAUUUUUUAAAUGAAACAUGGUGCUAUGUUUUUACUUCAAUGUUUUUUCCCCUCCUUUAUGGCUACCUCAGAAAGUCUCAGUGAGUUCCUUACUCAGACUGAAGAGCAGCUGACACCUCGUACCACUCUGUCUGAGGCACAUCCAGCUGUCACCCAGACAGACUAUGCCAAAGCUAUGCUUAAUUAGUGUCUAUGCAAACAGUAUUUGGUCUAGUGUUAGGGAGUGAAGACUCAUUCUUCUGUGAAACACAGAACUAGCUAAAAUUUGUCAGUAUAUGGAUUUCUUAGAAAAACUGAAUGUUUUGCUUUGCUUAUUACACAGGUGGAACAUUCUUUCCUCCAGUGACAGGUUUAAUCCAGACUGAUAUCCACAGCAGACCUUAAAGAGCUACACCAAUGAAAUAUGCAAUUUUUCAUAUGAAGAUAAAUCCAAAACACCUCUACCAUUUUUCAUUGCUUUGUAUUGAAAUAUGUUCCAGUCUGUUGGCUUCAAGGUCUGUGCUUAUCUCCUUGCAGCCACUGAUAUGCAGCCAUACCUCAUUAGCCAACAUUUUAUUAUUAUGAACAUAAAUUUCCUUUCUGAGGAACCUUUGGCAUGCUUAUUUUGUAAUUAUCCAAGCUGUGUGUGUUUGAAAAGUAGAGCCUUUGCUAGGUGGCAUGCAAGCUUAUGCAGAUACAGGAGUAAGCAGUUAUAGGAUGUACAUUUUUUACUCCUGCAGUCACCAUGUGUUGUAUACUGCUUUCUCUGGGCUUUAUUGCUAUUAGUUUAAAAAAACCUGUAUCUCUACUAUAUGCACUGUUAACUUUCCUUCAGGAUGUAAUUAAAGAGAAGUACCACUAACUGGAUUUUCCUUGUAUAUUUUAAGGGAAACCCAUGACAAAGGUAUGCUUAUACCUAUAAUGAAUUCAUUUAGGACCAUUAACCUCUCUGGAGUGAAGUGUGUGAAAUCCUUGGCUGUUGA